UAACAAAUGGCUUUCUAAACUGGAGACGUGCAUAAACCAUGGCAUAUUUGGUCUGAACCACCAGCUCGUAGUUUAGCGCAUCACACGCUGGCAGCAGCGCCUCCCCUGUCCGCCCUGCCCUCACCUGGAGAGAGGUGGAGCGCAGAGUUGGGCGCCACGUGCCGCUCGCUCCGUGCUGGCUCGGGUAGUAGCGGUGCGCGAGCCACAGCCGCGGGUCCCGUGCGCCACUCAGCAGCUCGCCGCGCAGCACGGAGCGACCGACUGAGCCGCGACUAACGAGAGGAGCAACGACAGAGGAGGAGGAGGAAACAGCGCGUUCGUCAACGAGGCUUUGUGGUGAAGCUUUCCUUUCUGCCGGCGGCGCCCCCCUGCUGUUGAGGCUGUGGUAUGAGCCUAUGUGGCAGGAAGGCGCUGACGUUGCUGAGCAGCGUGUUCGCUGUUUGCGCCCUGGGCCUGUUGGGGAUCGCCGUAAGCACCGACUACUGGCUCUACCUGGAGGAGGGUGUCAUCCUUCCCCUAAACCAGAGCACCGAGAUACGCAUGUCCCUCCACUCGGGCCUCUGGAGGGUUUGCUUCUUGGCUGGGGAGGAGAAAGGCAGAUGUUUUACCAUAGAGUACGUGAUGCCCACCACCGUCCAGAUGACCUCUGAGUCCACUGUUAGUGUCCUGAAGAUGAUCCGUUCUGCCACACCCUUCCCUCUGGUCAGCCUCUUCUUCAUGUUCAUUGGUUUUGUACUCAGUAACAUUGGCCACAUCCGACCCCAUCGCACCAUCCUGGCCUUCGUCUCUGGAAUCUUCUUCAUCCUGUCAGGUCUGUCUCUGGUGGUUGGUCUGGUGUUGUACAUCUCCAACAUUAACGAUGAAAUGUUGAACAGAACCAAAACUAAUGAGGCUUACUUCAGCUACAAAUAUGGCUGGUCAUUUGCCUUUGCUGCCAUCUCAUUCCUGCUCACUGAGACGGCAGGUGUCAUGUCAGUGUACCUGUUCAUGAAGCGCUACACAGCAGAGGAAAUGUACCGGCCCCACCAGGGCUUCUACCGGCCUCGCCUCAGCAACUGCUCAGAUUACUCCGGCCAGUUCCUCCACCCAGACGCCUGGGCAGGACGUGGUCGCAGUCCCUCCUCCAUCUCCUCUGAGGCCUCACUCCAGAUGAACUCCUCCCACUACCCUGCUCUUCUCAAGUGUCCAGAGUACGAACAAAUGUCAUCCUCACCUUGCUGAGGCAGAGGAUGAGCGGUUGUGUUAGUAUCAUAGCGGUCAUUUUGAUCUGACUGGAUUUUGGCAUAAAUUGUCCAAUCAUUUGAUAUUAUCCAGGUUGAACCUCUCCUGUCUUCAAGUGUCCUGACUGUGACCUGAUUCUCUCUAUCCUGCCUACUGCCAGUUUUUGAUUUCUUUACACCUUUGGUUAUGUAGGUAGAAACUCUUCAGUUGAAGGUUAGCCAGUUCACUUCAUUCUAAACUAGUUUCAGGGUGAGCUGUAAAGGAGAUUAGAGAGGAAAGAGUUUGAACAGGUUCUACUUGUAUUUGCUUUUAAUCUAGUUUUUAGUGAUAGGUGACAGGCAACCUGCUCAACUCGCUGAGGGUGGAAGGAGUAAUUCAUCUGAAAGGAGUAACUUGAGUAGCUUCAACCUGCAGUGGGCAAGACUGCUAUUUGCCUCAAGUACUGGCAAAAUCCUGAUAGCUUUCUGACAGGAUUACAUGCUGCACAUCAGCAGACAUUGAGCAUUUAAUAUAGGUACUAGAAAUGAAAGCAUGUAGAAUGAUGUUUGAAGGUUUUCAAACACUAAAGUGUGUGCUCUCAACCAGAAAGAUGGGAGUACUUAAUUUGUGAAAUCACACUUAGAGUACAGGAAAGCUGAGAGGAUGAAACAUUUCCUCAAUAUGAUCAUAAGAACAUUAGAUCAUUUGUGCAGACUUUAGAUUUAUAAAAGGUUAAUGAGGAUAGAAUAAAGUUGUUAAAGCUCCUUUCAUCAAAUUGUACACCUGCACAAGUCCUCACUUGUCACUUUCCUUGUCGCUUCUGUCUCUUCUUCACAUCUCAGCAAGUUCAAGUGGAGCCACAUGCUAGACCUCAGCUAGACCUUCAUGUUCAAGUGUAGAGCUUAUAAAACACACGAUGAAUGUGAAUUCAAGCCAUUCAGAUCAUUUCAACGACAAACCAUUUUAUAAACAAUCUAUUUGACCAGGCUGGGAGAGUUGUGUUUGUGACGGGCGGUGUUUGACCUUCCACGUGAACGUCACCUCUCACUCCACCCUCGGAGCAUUUCUGUUUCAGGUGUGAUUUUUAAACAAUCUGCUGCUCACACUGAAUUUCAAUUAACAGCGUGAAGUACUUAUAGUCUCUGAAGGAGAGCCAUGGAUUGCUAUGUAGCCACUUUUUCUUAGUUCUUUGUUUGUUUUCAUUGGUCCCUUUCAAAAAUGUUUAAGUCUUGACACCAAAGGAAAGAUUUUUAAUCAUUGGAUGCUAGUCCAGACAUAUUAAAUACUUUCUAUAUAUUAAUGGUUAUAUAAACUUUGAGUGUAUUAUUGUAUAUUCUUGUAAAGUAAAGGAAACAGACAAAACAUAAACAUGCUUUGUUUGCUCUCAUAACCCGUUAUUGAUAACAACACAGGACUGCUUUACAUCAGUGCUCGACACACUACAGAUGUAAAUAAACCUUUUGUAUUCUCAGAGAACCUAAGAUUCCUGUAGACAGUGGUCUUCCUAGUUAGUCAGGCAUUUAAAGACAAAAAGUGUAUUUAACCAAAAGGUAGAAAGAAAAGGAGCAGUACACUGAUUCUGUUUAUGAGAUUAGAAUGAUGUAACAUUUGUUUAAACAAAAAAAAGGCCAAGGGGGAGAAUAUGGAGUCCGUGUGGUCAUGGUUUUAAUGCACAACGUGAAUAAAUCAGGUGAUAUGAAAGACUAUUUUGUUAUGGAGCCAUUGUGAAUGUAUGAUUCGCUGAAGGAAAUACUGCUUAAGGAGUUUGUUUUUUUUUGGAAUAUAGUAAAAUACCUCUCCUGUAAAGAUAUAACACCCAAAUUAUAGAUGCAUAUUUUUAUAAUUUACUCCCUUAUACGAACGUAUUAUUCAUCGAUGUUUGACAUAGAAAUAUACUGCAGUCCUCAGUGUGCCAAGGAAGAAGUUGUAUCCAGGUUAAGUGGCUUAAGGUUAAGUACUGAAUAUAUACAUUUCAUGCAGCAAAUGUGAGUAAACAUAUUACCGAGAAACAUUUUGUCUUGUGCAAUGACUUUAUGUUAGUUUGAUAUAUUAUUGAAAUUAUAACUGUCAGUAUUUAAUGUUGCAUGGUGUGAAUUCCACAUAUUAUUAAUGGCAUGCAACAUUUCAUCACUGGAUCUUUAUAUUCCACCUGCAGCACAUGGAAACAAACAUACAUAAAUUUAAUGUUCACUCUCACAAGCAGUGUUUUGGUAUAUAGACCAGGCAUUUUGUUCAUUUCAAACACUGUACAUAUGAAAUCAUCCGUGUGUACAUAGAUUCAUUUUUGUAUAGACUGCAGUACAUGUAAAAACAAAAAAAUAUAUGGUUGUUUGGUUGUUGGGUAGAUUCUGCAGUAAAAAAAAAAAAAAAAAGCUGCUUCGCCUCCUGCGUCACAUUGAGAAUGUGAGCUUUUGCAUAAUGGUAUACUUACAUGAAGUAUUCAGAUGGUGUCAGACAUGAAAUGUCAAUAUCUGUGUAUUUUUACAAUCAAGAGUCAUUUUCAUGAUGUUAAAUGUGCAAUAGAAUAUGUAUACUCAAUGAAAUAAAGUUUAAUGGGAUUUGAUAAACAAUAA